AUGAAGUAUAAACAUUCGCGGCUUCUAUGCCUGGCAUUCGCGCUGUGCAUUUUGCUGGAGUUCGCUGCUGCCGGCAAGCCGGGCACGAAGCAGAAAACGAAGGUAGGUAAAAUCAAGAAACAUCGGAAGGCAUUUAUUGAACGACCACAAGCUGAGGAACCACGGCCUGGUGCCGAUUUGCCGGGCGCUGAGGAAUUCGAGGCGUACGACUACAACAACUAUGAGGAUGUGGAUGUGGAUGCCGAUGCCAAUGUAGGUGGCCCCGAUGGAUUUGAUACACAUCAGGAAGCCCAUGAUCCAGCUGUUUUGCCAGCUGUUGAUGCCCCCAGUAAUGUGGUUGGUGCCUUCUCAUGCCUUUACGAAGGCAACUGGUAUCGUGAAGGCGAUGAGUUUACCAGCGAACGUGAUGGCUGCACGCAUCCUUGCUCUUGCAUCGAGGGUAAGGUGAUCUGUCGCGAACCCACACAUUGUGUACCACCAACUCCAAUACCAACAACGACCACCACCACUACGACUACGACCCAGCGUAAUGUCGAUCUACCAGCUGAAGACAAUCAGUAUGCUGGUGUUGCAACUGGUCAGCGUGGCUUACCUGGUUAUCCAGGUGCACAAGGACGACCGGGUGAGAGUGGUAAUCCGGGUUCACCGGGGGUACCGGGAGUACCUGGAAAUCCUGGUGCGCCAGGUCCCAUACCAGAUAUGAGCUAUUAUCAUCAACAAUUGGCUGCUGAGUAUGCAAAUUCUGAGAAAGGACCCAGUUCGCCACCAUUUGUGCCGGAAUUUCAAUAUUUACAAUCAUCAGUAGGGCCGGUGGGUCCACGUGGUCCACCUGGUAAUUCGGGGCCAUCAGGCCCGCAAGGCUUUCAAGGAAUGCGUGGAGAGCCCGGUGAGCCAGGAUCACAGGGACCACCUGGUUUGAUGGGACCUCGUGGUUUGCCUGGAGCGCCAGGUAAGGAUGGCGUGCCUGGUGAGGAUGGAGAGCCUGGAUUACAAGGUGCAGCGGGCACACCCGGUCCUCGAGGUUUACCUGGUAUGCCAGGCAUACCUGGUUUAAAGGGACAUCAUGGCUUGCCUGGUAUUGAUGGAUCGAAAGGUGACCAAGGCGCUCCAGGUGAGAAGGGCAGCACAGGUCCGAUGGGCGCUGUUGGUCCAACCGGUUCGCAGGGUCCAGCUGGUCCACGUGGUGAACGUGGUCGUGAAGGCCCACCAGGUCCGCCAGGUAUUAGAGGUUUGGAUGGUAACCCAGGCGCAAUAGGACAGCCAGGCGCAAUUGGUAAGCCUGGUCCACCUGGUUUUCCCGGUAGUCCAGGUGCGAAGGGGGACUGGGGACACCCAGGUCCAAAAGGGGAUCAAGGUUUGCAAGGCCCACGAGGUGAAGCUGGUCGUCCUGGUGCUGCUGGUGAGCCCGGCAUGCCCGGUCCACCAGGCAAAGAUGGAUUGCACGGUGAUAAAGGAUCAAUGGGCGCGCCUGGUAUCGCAGGUCCGCAGGGUUUUCCUGGACCCCGAGGCCCUGAUGGCUUAUCUGGAAGUCCCGGUGAACCUGGUAUAAAAGGAACUCCAGGACAACCAGGCGAACGUGGAUAUAAAGGUGAUCAAGGCAUUAAAGGUGAAUCUGGCCAACCAGGUCCUCGUGGCUUACCAGGAACUGUAGGGCCAGAAGGAAAACGAGGCAAACGUGGAAUGCGUGGACCUACGGGACCAUCAGGUCCGACUGGAGAAAGAGGAUCACAAGGGUUACCUGGUCUACCAGGUCCAGAUGGCCCAAUUGGACCCAAGGGUACACCUGGGGACCGUGGCGUCCAAGGUCCACCCGGCAUAAAAGGAAGUACCGGUGACGUAGGACAACCCGGUGUACCAGGAGUUCAAGGAUUACGUGGAUUACCUGGGCGCAUGGGACCUCCAGGAAAAACUGGCCCAGUUGGAGAAAGAGGAAUUCCUGGUGCAGAUGGAAAACCUGGCGAACAAGGACCACAAGGUUUACAGGGCAUGCCUGGACCUAUGGGUAUUCCUGGCGAUAAAGGCUUUACUGGAGAACCGGGUAAAAACGGUGAACCGGGACCGCCAGGCCCACAAGGGCCUCAUGGAGAUAGUGGCAAAGAUGGUUUGCCAGGAGCUCAAGGUCCUCGUGGUCCCCCUGGACAGGAUGGUGAACGUGGAGAGCCUGGAAGUGCGGGUCCAAGAGGUUUUCAAGGACUUCCAGGUGUUGCUGGUAAUCCGGGAGCUCCAGGAAAAGAUGGUUCUGCAGGACCGCCAGGACCACAGGGACUAGUAGGGCCUGCGGGAUUGCGUGGAGAACGUGGCUAUCCAGGUGAGAGAGGCCCAGUUGGUCAACCUGGAACACCAGGGGAGCGUGGUGAACCAGGAACCCCAGGAAAUGAUGGACCACCGGGGUCCCCUGGAAAACCUGGCGCUAAGGGUCAUAUGGGAGCGCCAGGAAUGCUGGGAUUACCCGGACCCAGAGGAUUAUCUGGACCACCAGGUGGAAAAGGUGAACGUGGAAGUCCAGGACCGUUUGGGCCGGAAGGACCGCCUGGGCGUCCCGGUGAUCGUGGUCCUCAAGGUAUAGUAGGACCGCCAGGAGCGCCUGGUGAAUCAGGAGAAAGAGGUGAGCCUGGAAAUCCCGGACCUCCAGGAGAGCAAGGCGCUGCAGGUGGUCCCGGCGAAAGAGGGCCAGCUGGAUUGCAAGGCCCACCUGGUUUUCCUGGAGCACCGGGUUUGGCAGGAUUACCCGGCGCUAAAGGCGAUCGCGGCUUAAUGGGCAUCAAGGGUGAACAAGGCAGUAUUGGUCCUCACGGUCCUCCUGGUGAACAGGGUUCAAUUGGUCCGGUAGGUUUAAGCGGUGCGAAAGGAGCUCGCGGUGAACCAGGAUUAAGAGGAGAACCCGGACUAAGUGGUUUACCAGGCAGGCCAGGAGAUCAAGGACCACCGGGACAACCGGGCAGUCAAGGAUUACCGGGUGUAGCUGGUUUUCCAGGAGCGAAGGGAAAUCCAGGUGAAACAGGACGACCAGGAAACCCAGGAUCUCCAGGCUUGCAGGGACCGCCUGGUGUGGAAGGACAAAAAGGAGAUACUGGAAACGACGGACCACCUGGCCCAACAGGCAACCCAGGCCCUCCUGGAAAUGUUGGUGAACGUGGAAUGCCGGGUAUAUCUGGACCACCAGGGCCUGCAGGCUUACGAGGCUUAAGAGGUGUUGCUGGUGAAGCAGGCCCACAAGGAAACCCAGGAAAAGAUGGUGCUCCAGGUGUACAAGGAUUACAAGGACCUCAAGGUUUGCCUGGACCAAUGGGUGAAUCUGGGCCAGAAGGACCGCCUGGAAAACCAGGUCCACCAGGUAUUGCUGGUCGUACCGGGGACAAAGGACCUCAAGGACAACAAGGAAAUCCUGGAUCACCCGGCAAUCCUGGUUUGCCCGGACCACCUGGUGCCAUGGGACCAUUGGGUUUACAAGGCGAACCUGGUCUAAAAGGAGACAUGGGUUUGCCCGGUGUUGAAGGUCCACAAGGUUUGCGCGGAAAACCAGGCCCGCCAGGCGUUGAGGGACCAAAGGGUGAACUUGGAGAGCCCGGUCCAAAAGGUAUCAAAGGUCAUCGUGGUCUUAUUGGUUUGCAGGGUAUGCCAGGUCAGCCAGGUCUCAAAGGUGACGUAGGUUCACCUGGUAUACCCGGACAACCCGGCAAAGUGGGAGAAAUGGGAAUGCGUGGCCCACAAGGCCGUGAUGGUAAUCCAGGACCCAUUGGACCUCCUGGUCAGCCAGGUCCACGUGGGUACAAUGGAGGCGAUGGAAAACCAGGACCUAUUGGUCCAGCCGGUCCACCAGGACCACCAGGUCCACCCGGCGAAUCGGUAGGAUACGAUGUUGCUGCACUUACUGCAUUGCUCAAUCAAGGCCAAACUAAAGGUGAAGAUUUUCAAGGUGAUCAACCCAGUCUUCUACCAGAUGGACUUUCCGAUGAAGAGAAGCAAGCGAUGGUUAUUAAAGCGUUCGAACACUUAAAGGCAUCUUUUGAAAGAUUACGCCGACCAAACGGACAACAAACGGCACCAGCUAAGACAUGUCGCGACCUCUUUGCUGCUUACCCUGAUUACAAAUCUGGUGAAUAUUGGAUUGAUCCGAAUGAGGCCGAUCCACGCGAUGCCAUACUGGUCUAUUGUGAACGCGAAACACGCGGCUCUUGUAUUUUGCCAAAACCACAGGAAACACCAGUCUUAAGCUAUGCAGGUGCUGAGCGCGAAACCUGGUUAAGUGAAAUGCCGGGUGGUAUGAAGAUCACCUAUAAAACGGACUCACAUCAAUUGGGCUUUCUGCAAUUGCUAUCGGCUAAGGCCACACAGAAGAUCACCUUCAAUUGCCGCAACACCAUUGGCUAUUUGGAUGAAGAUGAAACGAAGAAUCGUAAUGGUCUAAAAUUGUUAUCAUGGAACGAUGCUGAGCUAACACCCAAGGGACCGUUACGUCUGCGUUACGAAGCAGAAAGUGACGAGUGCAGGCAUCGCUCGAACGCUUGGGCUAAAACCGUCAUCACCUAUAAAACUGAGAAGCCACAGAGGCUGCCAAUUGUUGAUAUUAAAAUCAGAGAUGUUGGCGAGGCUAAUCAACAGUUCCGCAUCGAAUUGGGACCGGUGUGUUUUUAUAAUUAAAAGGAAACUAACAAAACUCUCUCGCUCUCUUAGACAUAAGUUAUUUUUUAU